AUAGAUGGCGACUGCUUGGUUAAUAGUUCAAUUUGACAUUUCAAUUUUUGACAGUCAUCCACCUCAAAAAGAGAAUAAAUUUUAUACUUCAUCUAUAUUUCAUUUAUUAAACCUUUUUAAACAACAUGGGUAGUGUAAGAGUUAUCAACGAUGAGCCCCAUUUCCAAUCUGAAUUGGCAAACGCUACCAAUAAGUUAGUGGUAGCUGAUUUUACAGCAACUUGGUGUGGUCCUUGUCAAAGUAUAGCCCCAAUUUUUCAACAAUUAGCAUCAAAAUAUGUUCGGGCGGUGUUUAUAAAGAUCGAUGUAGAUAAAUGCCAAGAAACUGCGAUGGCUCAAGGUGUUUCUGCUAUGCCUACAUUUAUUUUUUACCGUAACAGAACUAAACUUGAUCGUUUACAAGGUGCUGAUCCAACGGCUUUAGAAAAUAAAAUAGUUCAAUAUUAUGGUUCUGAUGAAGGUGAAGAUGCUGAUUCAGUAGGAGGGCAUAUGGAUUUGGCUCUAUUUAUUUUAAAACAACAAUGUGAAUGUUUAAAUGAAUCUGAUGAACAUCCUCUAGCUCAGUGUUUAACAGCUGGAUCUGGUUUCCUUCAAUCUGAUUGUGAUGAGCAAUUAAUUAUUUCAAUAACUUUUAAUCAAGCUGUUAAAAUUCAUUCAAUUAAAUUUAAAGGACCAUCAGAUAAAGGUCCUAAAAACGUUAGGAUUUUUAUAAAUCAACCAAGAACUUUAGAUUUUGAUAUGGUUGAAAGUUGCACCAGUGUUCAAGAUUUAGAAGUAACUCCAUCGGAUUUGGAAGGAAAUCCUGUAAAUCUUCGUUAUGUUAAAUUUCAAAACGUUACAAACAUUCAAAUUUUCGUUAAAGAUAAUCAAUCAGGAGAUGAAGUGACACAAAUUGAUCAUUUAGCGAUUAUUGGUACUCCAAUUAAUACAACUAACAUGGGGGAUUUCAAGAGAGUUGCAGGCAAAAAGGGGGAAAGUCAUUAAAAAGGAUUAAUAAAUAAUUCUUUCUUUUAUUUUAAAUAAUUUGAAUUACAAGAACUAUUUAA